CGGACGACAGCCAGCAUCUGGUUGCCAUCUUCUCCGCCAUCGACAAUGUGAGGAUUCAGCAGCACCCGGCAGCUAUGGAUUCAAUCCUCCCAUAUUUUUCCUUCCUCAGGCGAGGCGUGUCAAGCUCGGCAGGCAGCGGGCAUAUCGACCUUCCCUCAGUCGAAAUCCACAAUGUAGAGACUGCUCCAGACAAGCGGCCCCGGACGCUGAAGCACCUGCUCAGGGCCAAUCACGUGAACCACAGCAUCCUCUACCACAGCCUACAGUUUGACAACCACAUGCCGCACAUCCUCAGCUCGGCCUAUCUCCUCGGCGCCAGCGCGGAGCAGCUCCACCGCAUCUACGACGAAGAGGCCAAGGAGCUUGAGGCAUGGGAACCGAGCCCUGGCGAGGUAUCCCUCGAGGACUGGCGGGAUUGCCUGGGCCGCAGGGAGUAUCAGAGAGCAUAUGUUGACUUCUUCGAGGACAUGCUUGCCCUGCGGCAUCAGUACGACUGGAAAAAUGUCGUUGAGAGCUUCAUGUUUGACGGCAAGGAGCCUCUGGUGCACUGCCUUGUCGCGGGACUCGGCCACCCGUUGAUUCACCUAGCCUACGCUUACGAGGUAGACAACAAGGAAGUGGCCAUGGAAGCUCUUGGGCUUGCGGCAUGCCAGUAUAACUUCAUGCACAAGUACCUUGACGACCCGUCUUACACGAAACCAGUGGCCGAUGGCAAAACCUCCUCCACACCGCUGGAGCUUCUCAACAAGAUGUCCUCCGACCCAAGGCUCAAGAGCCUCUUUAAAGAACCCGGUCUUGACAACCUCAACCAGCUCUUUGACAAGCACGAGGAUCUAGUGCUCGAGUACUGGAACGCAUGGGACAUCGACCCCUCCCACAACAGCAACGUCGACCCGACCCAGCAAUUCCAGCUCUCCCAGGAAGCUGCCGUCUCACUCCUCGUGGCUACCAUUGCCCCCGGCACGCAUGGAUACAACUUCUUCACCGUGCACCUCCUGACCACGAGCCACGCCGCGCGCGUCCUCUUGCCCUUGAUACCCCAGCAGUUCCACAUUGCGCUCGUCAGGCAGUGGUGGCUGCUCGUCAUCGCCGUGUACGCAUCGCUGUUAUGUCCCAAGAUCGAUCCGGACUACGUGCGGCCGGGCGAGUUGGUGAAAGGCCGCUCGUGGAAUUAUGUGGUGGAUAAGGCUCUCAAUGGGCCUCAUGCGACGGACGCACAUUUCGUUAAAGCCGUUCGUGCAAUGAAGGAAGCCGCCCAGACAUGGGGCGAUGUGCAUGAGCACUACCUCGCCUCGGCGCUCAGGUUCGUUGACGAUUUCGAGGGUUGGGCGUUCUAACUCAGAGAAGCCUUGGAAGCUUCGAGAGGAAAAAAAUUGUACUUGCUUUGAACCAGAUCAAUCCAAAGCCUUCUUCGUCGUCAUGUUCAUGUAUAGGCUCUAGUGCGCGACAGUGGUAUUAUUGCGCUAGGAGUGAGAGGCUGCCAACAGGAAU